AUGGCCCCAGCGCCGGUGACGCUCCAUGCGCGCUGCGCGGUCGCGAAGCUGGGCGCGGGCGAGGUGCUGUUUGUCGGCCAGACGUCUUUUGCGCCGGGACUAUGGGUUGGCGUCCAGCUGGACGCACCCAACGGAAAGAACGACGGGAGCGUGCAGGGAAAGCGCUACUUUCAUACCCAGGACCGAUACGGCGUGUUUGUACGCCCGUCGCAGCUCGAGAUGGCGCCAGACGCGGCACCGGCGAGUGCGCCGCGCACACAGCCGCGGACGGCACGCGUGGCGGAUGCGCCCGAGGCGCGCGCACGUACCGUUGCGGCGGGGCGCACAGGAAUCAGCGCGCCGUCGGAAAGCCCAACCGCGGCGCGCAGUGCGCGGAUUGGGGCACUGCGCAAGCCGGCCGGCGCGUCGCCGAGUGUACUGCAGCGUGCACAGCGCAUCGAUCCGGCAAGAGACGCGCAGCAGGGCGCGACGCCGACGCGGACGGCACGGCCUACCGCCGUGACGCCGUCGCGGCUGCAGACGCCAGGGCGGCUCGCGCUAGGCACGCCACGCACGGCGCGCGGCGCGGCCGUGGGGCCAGCGCGUGCAACAGGCACGCCGGGAUCGGCGGCUCGCGUAGGCGCGACGCCGGGAUCGAUGGCGGCCAAGGCUGCGCCUUUGAGUGGUACGCCGUCCGCUCGGGCUCCGUCGGCGACGCCGUCGGCUGCUCCGUCGGCCCCUGCGGUGCCAGAGCACCGCAGUCCUACGCGCGAUGCAUCCCCCCUUUCUCCGGUGCGCACCGAUACCAGCCGCCUGCGCGCCGAGCUCGCUGCGCUGCAGACCCAGCUUGAGCAAGCGAUCUCGCGCGCUUCUGCGGCAGAUGCGCGCGCGGAUGCCGCCGAGGCACGCGCGGAAAAGUCGGCGACGGACCGCAGCGCACACGACGUACUCGCUGCCGAGCUUGCCGAAGCGCGCACGGCGCUUGCCAAGCUCACGGACGAGCACGAAUCUGCACAGACGCGUCUCGAAGAGCUCACCGAAGGCCUCGAGAUGGCGACUCUUGACCGCGAGAUGGCCGAAGAAAAGGCCGAGAACCUCGAGCACGAGCUACAAACCGCCAAGGAUGCUGCAGAAGAGCUUCAGCUCGAGCUCCAGCUGCACCAGGAGCGCGCCUCGCAGGAAGCAGCCGAUGCUCACGACGCACUGCCUGUCGAGCAAGCGCAGCUCGUGCAGCAGAAUGCGCGCCUCAAAGAGGCGCUUGUGCGCCUGCGCGAUACCACGCGCGAGAACGACAGCGUGCAAAAGAAGGAAAUUGCGUCGCUGCGUGCCGAAGCCGAGGCGACGCACGAGCUACAGUCGGCCUAUACCACCGCGCAGUCUGAGCUGGCAGCCGCGCGCCAGCUCGUGGACGAUCUGCGUGCCCAAGCCGAGCUCGCGCAGAAUGCAGAAGAGAUGCUCGAGGAGCUCACCGAGCGCAAUGGCGCGCUCGACGCACAGGUCGAGCAGCUCACGGCCGAUAUCCACGAGCUCGAGACGCUGCGUGCGGUGAGCGACGAGCUGGAAGAGACGCACCUCGACACCGAGGCGCAGCUGCAGGCCGAGCUGUCGCGUGCCGAAGACGAGGCGGCGGCGCUGCGGGCCGAGGUACAGAGCCACGCCACGCAGCUCGCCGACUGCGACGCAACCUUGCACCAGUUCCGCGAGCUGGUGCGCGAGCAGUUCCGCGAGCUCGAGGAGCUACGUGGUCGCCCGAGCCACCAAGAUACCCAGCGGCGCGUGGCCGUGCUGGAUUCGGCGCCCUCCAAGGCGCACCUGCGCGCAAUUGCUACGUCGCUCGAGCAGCUGGUCGCUGCGCAGAGCCUGCGCCACCUCGACGUGAUUAAGGUCUACCUCCCGCCCGACUUUUGGGCAGCGGACGAGCCGGCAGUCGCGACGCUGCUGGUGCUCGAGCGCAUCGCGCGCCUGAGUGCUCUGACGAAGCACACGCUCGAGGCGUCUGCCGACGUCCAGGACCGCUACCUCGCGCACACGCUCGACGAGCCGCUCCUCACGGGGUGCAAGCUGCGGCACGCACUCGCGCACCUCGCGGCGCUUGCCGAGCACGUCGCCGCGGCGCUGUCUACCGCGCCGCCCGACGUAUUCAUCGCGCAUGCCCGCCACGCCCCCGCGCUCGCGCCGGCCGAGCAGCAGCUGCGGCACACCAUCGAGACGCUGCAGCACGACACGUUCGACGAGCAGGCGUGCGCGGCGAUGUGCGAUGCGCUCGUCCCGCAGCUCGAGAGCGUGUCGAUGGGCCUGCAAGCGCAUGCAUCGGUCGCCGACCUCGCCGCAAAAGAGGCGGGAAGCGCGACACUCGCGUCGCACGACGUCGACACGCUCCUCGCCGGCACGGGGCUUGUACAGCAGACGCUCGCUGCGUGGGCCUCGCCGCCGCUCGACCUCGCGCCGGUACUCGAGCAGCUUUCGGGCCUGGUCGGCCUCGCGCGCCGCGCCCGUGUGCCGGCCCGCAACCUGGUACGCUGCCUCGCGGCGCUCCGCACGCAGGGCCGCGCGCUGGCGAUGGAGAGCGUGCCUGCGCUCCCCGGCCUCGGGCAGCUUUCCUCGACGCUCGCCGCACGCGCAUCGCGCAUGGCCCAAGCGCUCGUCGCCCACGCGCACGCCGUCGAGGUGCACACGUCCCAAGACACGGCCGAAGCCUUGGAGGCCGUCCUGCCGCACGGCCUUUACGAGAUGGCGCACGACGCCGAGGAGCUGGCUACGACGCUCGACACGCUCCACCAGUCCGCGGCGGACCCCGAGAAUGCGAUCGAGAUCGACGACCCCCUCCCGUGGCACGCACGCGCCGCGACGCUGCACGCCGCGAUGCAAGAGAACAGCGACGCGGAGCGCCGCGCCGCCGCACUCUCUGCCACCGUCGAAGAGCUGCAGACGGCGCUGCGUACGCGCGACGACGCAGUCGAUGCGGCGGCCGUCAAGGUCGAGCGCCUCAAGUUCCAGCUCGACAAGACGCGCGCGCUCGCGACGAGUGCGUCGGACCUGCGUGCGCACGUCGAGUCGCUCGAGGCGCAGCUCGCGGCCGCCGCGCAGACGCCGGUGGCCGCGCCCGACGCGGCGCCGCACGACCUCGGCGACGUGCGCCGCGCGCUGCGCACGGUACGCACCGAGAACCAGUAUCUGCGUGCCGAGGCGCACCUCGCGGCGCUGGCGCGCCUGCCCCCCCUCGCGGCGGCGCCUCCUUCUGUUCUGCCGUCCGACCGGCUCGCGGCGCUGCGCAAAGAGGCCGUGGCGCUCGUCACGUCGCCGCACGUUGUCGACGUCACGCGCCCCGCGUGCCGUGCGUCGCUGCAGUAUGCAGCACAGGUGCGCAAGCGCGACGGUCUUGCGCAGCGUCUGUACGAACUUUAG